AUGGAGUCCAGGUCCACUUCCCUUCUCCUGGUCCAGGCGCUGUGUGCCAUUCGCAGGUCCCUGCCGGCUCGGUACAGCGACGUCCAGUGGGGCGCUCCUGUGCCUUGGAGUGUGCUGCUGCAUCUCGCUAUGUCUCCCCUGCCACUCAGCAGCAGUUCCAAUGUACAAAUUCGGGACCGUCCCGGAAACUCCCGGCUCCCCCGCGCGAGAGGUCGGUCGGUCUCGCGAGAUGUAGGGGGGGGAGGCGGAGUCGGGCGCGCCGGCCUUGCUGUCGCUGCGGGAGGAGGAAGUAGUGUCAUGGCGGCGGCUGUGGCGGGCUCCGGAGUGGGCGCGGGCUCGGCGUCGCGCGGGGGCGGCCCGCGCUGGUUCUUCAGCCGGGAGCAGCUGGAGAGCACGCCGUCGCGCCGCUGCGGCGUCGAGGCCGACAAGGAGCUCUCGUACCGGCAGCAGGCGGCCAACCUGAUCCAGGAUAUGGGCCAGCGCCUCAAUGUAUCGCAACUUACAAUAAAUACUGCAAUUGUUUACAUGCACAGGUUUUAUAUGCAUCAUUCCUUCACAAAAUUUAAUAGAAAUAUUAUAUCUCCUACUGCAUUAUUUUUGGCUGCAAAAGUGGAAGAACAGCCACGGAAACUCGAACAUGUUAUCAAAGUAGCGCAUGCUUGCCUUCAUCCUCUAGAACCACAGCUGGAUACCAAGAGUGAUGCAUACCUUCAACAGGCCCAAGAGCUGGUUAUACUUGAAACAAUAAUGCUUCAAACUUUAGGUUUUGAGAUUACCAUUGAGCAUCCACACACAGAUGUUGUGAAAUGUACGCAGUUAGUGAGAGCAAGCAAGGAUUUGGCACAGACAUCCUAUUUCAUGGCUACCAACAGUCUUCAUCUUACUACGUUUUGUCUUCAGUACAAACCAACUGUGAUAGCUUGCGUGUGUAUACAUUUGGCAUGCAAGUGGUCCAACUGGGAGAUUCCUGUAUCAACUGAUGGAAAGCAUUGGUGGGAAUAUGUAGAUCCUUCUGUUACUUUAGAAUUACUUGAUGAGCUAACACAUGAGUUUCUUCAAAUAUUGGAGAAAACUCCUAGCCGGCUAAAGAGGAUUCGAAAUUGGAGGGCUAAUCAGGCUGCCAGGAAACCUAAAGGAGAUGGUCAAGCUUCUGAGAAUUCACUCCUUGGCUCAUCUUUGGUUCAGAAUUCCAUUUUGGCAGAUGCUGUUGCCAGUGUGUCUUCAAACUCAAGUUUCCAAAAACAGUCAGCACCCACAUUUCCAGCCCCAGUUCAUCUGAACUCAGGAAGUAUUUCAGGUCAAGAUGGUCAAGAAAAUCUGACCAUGAUGGCGGGAAUGCCAAGUACCUCAUAUGGUUUGUCCACACACCAAGAAUGGCCUCAGCACCAAGAACAAACAAGGACAGAACAGAUAUAUUCUCAGAAACAGGAGACGUCACUCCCUGGGGGUCAAUUCAGCAUAAACUUUCAGCCAAGCACUUCUCUGCAGUUACAUUCAGGAUUACAUCAUAGACCUGACAAACACUCUGAGCAUUCUACUGCACACAAACCAGGAAACAAACACCACGGGCAACUUGCUACUGCCCCUGUAAUAAUUCCUCAGAAAAUGUCAUUGGAUAAAUACCGAGAGAAACGCAAGCUAGAAACCCUGGAACUGGAUGUAAGAGAACACUACAUGGCCACAGAACCGCAAUGCAAAAAGCACAUGCCGUCCCAGGCAGCGAGUAGCAGCUCUGUCGCUUCCCCUAUUAAAAUGAAAAUCCCCAUUACAAAUGCGGAGAAGCCGGACAAAUACUUGCCUGACAAAAAAGAAAAGGGUGGUUCACUGAAACUGCGGAUACCCAUUCCACCCACAGAAAAGAAUCUGAGUAAAGAAGACCUGAAAAUGAAAAUUAAGGUCUCUUCCUCAGACAGGCACAGUUCUUCAGACGAGGGCAGUGGGAAGAGCAAGCACUCAAGUCCCCAUGUUGGCAAGGACCACAAGGAAAAGCACAAGGAGUAUUCUGCAAACCGCCAUCACAGCAGUAGUCAUAAACAUUCCCAUGCUCACAGUGGCAGCAGUAGUAGUGGUGGCAGUAAGCAUAGUAGUGAUGGAUUGACACCAGCUGUUCUGAGGAGUCCCGUUGGCUUGAGCAAUGAUGGCAAUUCCUGUGGUUCCGGUUCUUCCAGAAAGAAGCUGCACAGCAACGAUGCUUCUCACAACCAUCACUCCAAAAUGAGCAAAAGUUCGAAAAGUUCAGGUAGUUCAUCUAGUUCUUCCUCUGUUAAGCAGUAUGUAUCCUCUCUAAACUCUGUUUUUAACCUUCCCUUACCCCCUCCUCCCCCUGUCGCAUACCAGGUGGGCUACGGACAUCUCAGCACCCUCGUGAAACUGGACAAGAACCCAGUGGAGAACGGUCCUGAUGCCAGUCACGAGUACAGUACAAACAGUCAGCAUAUGGACUACAAAGACACAUUCGACAUGCUGGAUUCACUGUUAAGUGCCCAAGGAAUGAAUAUGUAAUCAGUUGUUUAGGCCCCUUUCCCCACCCUUUUUUUUAUUUAAGAAUUAUUAGAAUGGAAAUCUUCCUAAUCUAGGGAGAGCAACCCCUGAGUUGCUGUCCCACUUUAUAUAU